UCUGUCACGUCUUCCAACAUGUCUGCCAGGAUUGUCAUUGUCUCCCUGUUUAUUUGUCUAAUUAGAGGACUGGAUGGGGUAGCACAACAACCCAACGACGAACCACAAUUGAUGGAGUUCAUCGCCUCCAUUAACCAAAAACUAACGAAAAUGGAACAUCAGCUCACUGAUAAAGAUGUCCAAAUUAGAAAUCUCGAAACUAAACUGGAAAACCAUAUGGCGGUUAAUGCUAAAUAUGUAAACGACAAAGAGAAGGAGAUGCAGAUGAAGAAUUUGGAAUUAGAUCAAUUGAGACAACAUGUGACGUCACUCACAGAAACGCUAUCUGAAACAGUUACUGCGUCACGUGUUCUUGCCAAUCGUGUGUCUAUCUUGGAACAAACAAUCAUCGGAGAUGAAUCUUCUGCAGAGUCUAUAUCCGCACGGAACAGUGAAGUUCAUGGUUUCUUUGAAGUAAAUGAUGAUCCCAAACAAACGCGUAUACAAAAUGAUACAAUCUUCAGUAACAUGGCAUCUGAAGAGGUUCCUUCUGAUGAUGUAGUUGAGGAUCAAACAUCAGAGACACGUCAAAUAAGGGUGGUACCUUCCUUUCCUUUGGCUUUCCACGUAGAACUGACGAAUUCAAUGGCUGUCAGUCAAGGAACUAUCGUGAAGUACAACAAUGAGGCACUAGACGAUGGAGACGGGUACAAAAUAAGUGAUGGGAUCUACACUGUAUCUGAAACCGGAACUUACGUCAUCACGUGGACAACUCUAUCGGGAUUCCGAAGCUACAUCCAAACGUUCUUGGUUGUGAACGGAGUCAAAAGAGGAGCGUCCUUCAGCGAUGCCCAGGAAAUACAUGACGUACAUCAGGCUUCUUCUGUCGUUGUCCUUAGACUGAACCAGGGAGAUCAUGUUUUUAUACAGAUAGGCCAUACGACAACUAACACUAUGUACAGUGAUAUCAGUUAUAGUGCUAGGCCUACGUUUUCGGGAUGGAAAUUAUUCUAAACGUUAAAUGGCGCAUUGUAAAUCUGUAAAUGUUAUUAAUACAAAGCAGAAAAAUAAAUUAUCUGAAAUUCA